AUGUGGGCGGCUUCGAGGACUUUUGUGCGUGGCGGAGGGGCGCAGCAAGCGCCGGCGAGAGCGUCCGACAUCAGCUGGGUUGACCUCGCCCGCGAGUCCAAGCCCAUCGUCUGCGCGCUCAACGGCAUCGCCGUCGGAAUGGGAAUCACGCUGCCCUUAUCCUGUGAUGUGCGGCUCGCCGCCGAUGACGCGCGCAUAUCCUUCCGCUUCCUGCGAAUCGGGGUUACGCCAGAGUACGGCAGCACGCACUUUCUCGUGAAUCUGGUCGGGCUGGGGCGCGCGCUGGAAUAUAUGCUGACAGGCAAGUUCAUCACGGCGCAGGAGGCGAAGGAUGCGGGCUUCGUGAACCAUGUCUGUCCUGCUGAGACUUUGCUGGACGAUGCGGUGGCGCUGGCGCAGGAGAUUGCGGACAAUCCUGACUGGCAUCUGGCGAAGGUGAAGCGGCUUAUCCACGAGAAUUACAUGGAGAAGGACCUGUCGCUGGUGCUGCGACGGGAGUCGGAGACGCUGAGAGAGUCGCGGUUUACGGACGCGCAUAAAGAGGCUCUGACAGCGUUUCGCGAGCGGCGGCAGCCGAAGUUCCACGGGUAA